CAAGAGACAGCUGCAAUAUAACGGGCAUCUGUGUUCUUCCGAACGGUAGGAUCCUUAUAACCGACUACAAAAAUACAAACGUAAAGAUGCUAAACCAGACCUACCAUGAGAUUAGUCGUUGGGAUUUUUCUUUUUAUCCUCAGGACAUGUGUCGGGUCACUGAUAAUGAGUUUGCAAUCACGUGUAAUCUCAAAGAUGAUUCUAGUCAUAGACACGAAGUUAAGUUUUUCUCUGUGACCAAUGACACGAUUGUGGAAGGUAAUACAAUGAAUUUACAACAUAACUGUAUUGGUAUUACCCACCAUCGGGGAGAACUAUUUGUCACGUCUGGUACCGCACUACACACAUACUCAAUGAUCGGGGAACUGGUCAAAACACUAUACGAAGACAAAACAGGCCAUUUGACAGUGUUGAAGUGUGCAGUGAGCCACCAAGGCGACAUUAUUUUUGUGACCAAUUUUGAACAGCACAAACUUCUCACCCUGGCCAGAGAUGGGUCAAUCAUAUCCACCUUCGCUGACCCUGAGCUAAAGGAGCCCUGGGAUGUGCAUGUGACCUCUGCAAGCCAUGUGCUAGUCUGUGGAUGGUCAUCAAACAAUAUCGUGCAGGUGGAUAGCGAAGGCAGGACAAAAUUAGCUGUUCUGGCCCUGGAGGGCGUGGAAAACCCAGAGUCUAUAUAUUACAAUGUUAACAAUCACUCCAUCAUUGUGGGGCAGUGUAAAAGCAACUACAUCGUGGUAUUUAACCUGAAAUUACAUUACAAUCUGCGACGUUACCAAGAUCGUCUGGGCACCUGUAGGACAAUCCCAGACAGUCUGCGACGGUUUCAGAAGGUCUCCCAGACCAGCUGGGCACCUGCAGGAGAUUUCAAGACAGUCUGCGACGGUGUCAAGACCAUCUUGGCACCUGCAGAAGACAACCAGACAGUCUGCGACGGUGCCCGAGAGUCAUCAGGACAGAAGAAUCACAGACUGUGCAAGACAGUCUCUCAGACCUUCGGGGCAUCUCCAAGGGACUCUCAGACAGUCGGCAAAAAUGUCAAGACCAUCUUGGUACCUGAAGGAGACUCAAAGACGGUGCCAGACGGUCACCCUGACCAUCGGGACACCGGCAGGAGACUCCCAGACAACGGUCUUCGCAACGGGCAGACUGUCUGGGAUUCUCCCGAAGGUGCCCUGACGGUCUCGGAGACUCCUGGCACCGCCUGGGAGUCUCCUGUGGCUGACCAGACGGUCCUGUCACCGUCGAAGACUGUCUAG